AUGGUUGUUCCAGAAAAAGAUGCAGGUAGUGAUGGACCUGCAACUAUAGUGGACUGUGUCAGCCUCAUCAUGGGUAUCCAUAAUCUGAAGUCUAUUAGUCCAAAUUCCACAUUGUCAGAGCUGGGCUUGGACUCCUUGACAGUUGUGGAGGUUAAGCAGUCCCUUGAACGAGAGUUUGGAAUAUUUCUGAUGCCUAAAGAGAUCCGUAGCUUGACAUUUGCACGCCUCAAUGAGAUGGCUGAAAAGGGGAAGGAAGAACUAGCAUCACAAGCUCUGUCUGUUGAUGAUGGACCUAGUGAGGAGCUGCAGUUGUUGCUGAGUGUGAUAGGGGAUGAGGCAUCUUCAGCACAGCCUGUUGUGUGCCUGCCAGCAGCUGGAGGUUGGGUAGAUGUAGAAGAUGAGAUGAAGGCAGGACCAUUUCUGUUCAUGUUGCCUGGAAUCGAUGGUACAGCAAGUGUCCUUGAGCCUCUGGCCAAGAACCUCAAAUACCAGACAAUGUGCCUACAGCUGAACUACAGAGACAUUGGAGAGACAAUUCAAGACAUGGUACAGUCCCUGCUGUCGAAACUGGUGGUAUCUUAA